GACAACAAAUAAUUGUAUUUUCAAAAAGCUUCUCGUUUUGAACAUCUUCACAAAUUGGGAUCUUAUCUUGAGGAAACUUUCUGUUUAAUUUUGCGACAAAAAAAUGCUUCCUUCUCUUGCUUUAUCCACGGCACCAAUGACCUUGACGAUUAUCUCUGCCACGAGAAGGUCCCAAGUUUCGCAACUUAAAGCAAAGAAAACCAAACCGGAGAACAAGCGGCCAACGCCGACGUCGACGAGCGGUUUCUCAGGCAAAACAGCAAAGGAAUUGACGUGGCAGUGCGUAGAAGGUUGUGGAGCUUGCUGUAAGCUUGCCAAGGACUUCGCUUUCGCCACCCCUGACGAAAUCUUCGACAACCCUGACGAUGUUGAGCUGUAUCGGAGCAUGGUCGGAAAUGAUGGAUGGUGCAUGAACUACAACAAAGCUACACGCAAAUGCUCGAUUUAUGCUGAUCGUCCAUAUUUCUGCCGGGUUGAGCCAGAGGUUUUCCACACUCUCUACGGGAUCGAAGAAAAGAAAUUCAACAAGGAAGCUUGCAGCUGCUGCAUUGAUACCAUUAAGACGAUAUAUGGUUCGGAUUCCAAAGAACUAGAUGAUUUCAACCGUGCAAUCAGAAGUAGUCCGAGCUCGAGUAAAUAGCCAGACGAACUCGAAGACAGGAAACACAAAUGCAGGAAUUAGUUUUUACUCACCUGAUUCGAGCUUGGCACAACCGUGGCAGACAAAAGUAGCAUUCAUCUCCUUUUCCUUAAAGUGCAUAUAGAUUUGGCUAGCAGAGAAAUCAGAAGGACAAAGCUCCCAUUCAUCAAACUCUUUGGCUGAUACGAGGCUGCCUUGCUCAUAGAUUCCGCAUCUCUUACACUUUUCGCCACUGAUUUCAGUCAUCGGCUGUAAUAAACAAGUAGAGAGAAGAAAACAUCUAAGUUCUUACAAUCUUGAUUUAUUAAUAGAUGGGUAGUAAAUACUAAUAAGCAGAUGUAAAAGAGAACAGGGACGAGCCUGCCAUGAUUCUUGGCCGCGGAAAGUGUACAAGAUACCAGAUUUGGUAACAUCGGGAAGAACAGUUUUGUUCUCUCCUUUGCAUUGAAAGUAGACUGUGUGUUUGAGUUUGAA